UAUGUUGAGUAAGUCAAGUGGACUAUUUGGACUAGUGCUCAAUAAAAUUAAGUAAAAAAAACUUUCAGAUGGAAAAGAGUAGGUGAACAUUGAAGCUCAACUUUCUAAGAAGAGAAUCUUUUUCAGCAAGAGUGAUCUCAAAUCAUACUCUUCCUGCAAUGGAGGCUUUGAGAGUUGAGGAAGCCUCGAAUUUCAGGUCCCGUUGUGUAUAUGAUGUGUUCCUGAGUUUUAGAGGCGAGGAUACUCGUAAGACUUUCACUGAUCAGCUUUACAAAGCUUUGGUGGAUGAGGGUCAUCGAACAUUCAGAGAUGACAAUGAAAUUGAAAGAGGGGAAAAUAUCAAAUCUGAAUUGGAUAAAGCAAUUCAUAGCUCAAAGAGUUCAAUAAUCAUCUUGUCCAAAAAUUAUGCAACAUCUAGUUGGUGCCUUGAUGAGCUUGUCAUGAUUCUUGAAAACAAGAGGAGAAGAGGACAUGCUAUAUUACCAGUCUUCUAUUAUGUGGAUCCACUCGAUGUUGGAAAGCAAAUGGGGAGCUUUGCUGCUGCAUUUGCUGCGCAUGAGCAACGAUUAAUGGAUGAAGGUAAAGAGGAGUGGAUCGAGAAGAUCAAAGGGUGGAGGGCAGCACUCAGGGAAGUGGCCGAUCAACGUGGAAGUGGGAUGGUUUUACAGAAUUCUACACAAGAGACUGAGUUGAGAUUUAUAGAGAAACUUGUGAAGGUUACCGAAAAUAAAGUAAGCCGUUCAAUCCUAAGUGUUGCUCCUUACCUAAUUGGUAUACAUUUUCGGGUUGAAGAUCUUUGCUUGUGGUUGCAACAAAAAGCAGAUGAUGUUGGUAUUUGGGGCAUUUGUGGUAUGGGUGGUAUAGGGAAGACAACAAUCGCCAAAUACGCAUUUAAUUUGAACUUUGAAAAUUUUGAUGGAAGCAGCUUCCUCCUCAAUGUUAGAGAUUUUUCCGAUUCUGCCGAUGGACUAAUCUAUCUGCAGAAACAAUUUCUUUCUGAUAUUCUUGAUGGAAGGAAGAUUGACAUUCAGAGUGUUGAAGAAGGAAUCGAUGAGAUCAAAAGUGCUGUUUAUGGUAAAAGAAUUCUGGUUGUGCUGGAUGAUGUUGAUGAAGUGCACCAAUUAGCUUGUAUUGGGGGAAUGCGAGAUUGCUUUUACCCAGGUAGUAAAAUUAUUGUGACAACUAGGCACAUGGAGUUACUGAGGGCUUGUGAAAUUGAAUUGAUUGAUCCAGUUCAGAAACUGAACAAAGAUGAAUCACUUGAACUAUUUAGUUGGCAUGCAUUCGGACAAGCCAAUCCAGUUGAGGAUUACACCAAGUUCUUGAGAAGGAUUAUAGAACACUGUAUUGGAUCUCCCCUAGCUUUACAAGUUUUGGGUUCUUCUCUCUCUGGUAAAAAACUGGAUGUAUGGGAAAGUAUCCUGAAGAAACUAGAGGCAAUUCCUAAUAGUCAAGUAUCCAAGAAACUGCAAAUAAGUUUUGACUUUAUACAAGAUGAUCAUGACAAAAGCCUAUUCCUUGAGAUUGCCUGCUUCUUUCUUGGAAAGAAUGUAGACCACGUUGUCACUAUCCUUGAUGCAUGUGGAUAUUAUUCAAUGGUUGGUAUUCAGAAUCUCCAAGAUAGAUUCUUGUUAAACAUUGAUGAAGGAAAACUGAUGAUGCAUCCAUUAGUUAGAGAUAUGGGACGAGAAAUUAUACGCCAAGAAUCACCCAAGCAUCCUGAAAGACGGAGCAGAUUGUGGCAUUACAAGGACUCAUUUAAAGUUCUGAAAGAAAAAACUGGUUCGGAUAUGAUUCAAGGCCUGAACCUUAGGCCUUGUGCAGACAAAGAUAAGCCACCCAGAAUAUUCCAUCAUCCGACAACAAAAGAGUAUUUGCAGGAAUGUGCCGACAUAAUGGGGAAAAUAAGGCUGUCACGCCAAAAUGAUCCAUCAAGGCAACCACAGCCACGUAAAGUUCUCUUUUAUGGUUCUAAUAAAAACUCUUCCUCAAUAGAAUCACGUGGAAAAUCAAAAAAGGUGGACAGCAUCAAUACUGAUGCAUUUUCCGGGAUGCGCAAAUUAAGACUGCUGCAACUUGAUAAUAUAGCAGUUGAAGGAAAUUACAAGGAGUUCCCAAGGUCGUUGAGGUGGUUGUGUUGGCACAAAUUUCCAUAUAAAUGUUUACCUGACGGCUUACCUAUGGAGAAAGUGGUGGCCCUAGAAAUGCGCUACAGUAGGUUGCAUCAUAUUUUUGAAGGAAACAAGCUUCUGAGUGCGUUAAAGAUUCUGAAUCUCAGUCAUUCAAAAGGUCUCUCCUGCACCCCUGACUUUUCAAAGCUUCCAAAUCUUGAGAGGAUAAUUCUCAAGUACUGCACAAGGUUGACUGAGAUUGAUAAAUCGAUUGGGGAACUACAAAGACUCCUCAUUUUGAACCUAAGAGGCUGCGAAAGUCUAAGGAAGCUUCCCGGAUGUAUUAGUAAUCUUCAUUCCCUCGAGAAGAUGAUUCUGUAUGGUUGCUCAAAACUUGUAUGGUCUUCAUUAGAGCUGGGUAAGAUGCAUUCAUUGAUAGAGCUUGAUGCAGGUGGAACUGCUGCUAAUCAAACCUCCACUUCCAUAAUUAAGAAGCAUUCACUGAGUUUAGGUCUGUGCUCUUCAGUCCCAAGCCCAAGAAAAGCUCCUGGUAUUGUUAACCUGUUAACUACAGUAUCUCAGACAUUAGUAACUUUAAGUCUCACUGGAUGUGGUCUAUCUAGUGAUUUAAUUCCAGUGGAGCUUGGUGAUUUCUCCACACUGCGGAACUUGUUUUUAAGUGACAAUCCAAUUCACAGCCUACCAGAAAGCAUCAAGGGGCUUACCAAUCUCCGGAUACUUGAGCUAGAAAAUUGCGAAGAACUUAAUUAUCUUCCAGAGAUCCCAAACAGUGUGACAACCUUGAGUAUCUGGAAAUGCAGGUCACUCGAGCGGUUACCAUAUUUACCAAACUUAUUGACAACAUUAGAUUUUCUUGCAUUCUAUUGCAACAAACUCAUUGAGAUUCAGGAUAUGUUCCAGCUUAAAUGCAUUUCUUCAUGUGAUGCUGACUUAAUCAGUGUUCUGGGGUUUCCCAACUUGAGGUUCUUGAGUGACACUAAGGUGGAUCUCUACAACAACCUGACUCUUACAAGAUGGGAAAGUCCUAUACAGGGGCUCUAUGAAUUUGGUAUAUUCAGCACUUCUGUCCAUGGAAGUGAGCUCCCAGACUGGUUAAGCUACAAAUCUAUAGGGUCCUCGAUCAGCUUUGAUGUGCCUUCACGGACUAAUCAUGACAUUCAGGGUUUGAACUUAUAUGUUAUCUAUGAAAACGCCAGCAAAUGUUAUUGUACAAGGAGAAAUAAAUUUUGGAAUGAGUUUCAUGUUAGAGUGGCAAAUAAGACCAAGGAUCUGAGAUGGACAUACAGUCCAACAAUUCAAGGUCUUCCGCAUAAUGGUAAAGAUAUCACAUGGCUAUCCCAUUGGGAAAUAGGUGAUAACUUGGAUACAGGAGACUCUAUGAGCAUUUCGGUGUCUCUAUAUUCUGGUGCUCGGUUGAAGGGAUUUGGCGUCCACAUUGUGUAUAAGCAAAAUGAGAACAAUUCGAGAUGUAAAGCAUCUCCUCCUGCACACCAUCUCAUUAAUGGGGUGGAUAUCUCUGCAUAUCAGGUUCUAGGCUCCUACUUCCUCUGCCAUCAUGACUUUGAUAUUCAACAAGAUUGUUCCAUUUAUGGGUGGAAUUCAACGGGCUGGUAUGACUUCUUGUUCGGUGAUAACCCUGAAGAUUUUCCUGAGGAAAUGGCCCCCCGUCACAAUGCAGCUACGACUAGCCAGAAUGUCUAUGGACUUCUUCUAUCUGGAGUAGAGGAUGAUAAAACUUGGCCAUUGCCAUGAUGCUGAUGUGGAGCUAGGUUUUCUAAACUUGUAUGAUUCACCAUUCACUAUAUUGUCAAAAUGAGAGAGUGUAAGGUUUCCAAAAGUUCCAUGUCUUCAUCCAUACGCUUCAUUAUACCAUCUCUGUAGAGUAUCCAUUUUAAGUACUUGCUCCUCCUCAAACUUGAAGCAGUUUUCUGUAGCUUCUAUUCAUCAACACUGUAAAAACACUACUUACACGAGAUGCAUAUUGAUAUCUCACUCACUUAUUUGGGUGUCAUUUCCCAUU